AUGGCGCCGGCCACUACGAGCAGCGCUGAAGCAGUGGCGCUGUCCAAACCCUCAUCGUCAAUCGCUUCUCCCGCACCACCACACUCUAAAGAUGAAUCCCAAGCGCAAGCCCUUUACAAGGAGCGCGAGAGGAAGCGACGUCAGCUCCGAGCUGCAAACCAACAAGUCUGGAGGUCGGGUCCCGCACCCAUCUCCAAAGCACUCGACUCGAACCUCAAAAAGAACACCGCUUUCGUGAAACGUGUCAAGCAGAGCAUCGCACUCGAUGCUCGUGACCAGCUCCUCAAGGAUCUGCCUCUUCUCAACCUCGAAAAGUACCUGCAGGAGCUCAUCCAGGCAAUUCCGGAGGGAUUGGCCAGAUGCGUCACGGCCAAAGACUGCUUUGCUGCGGCUGAGACCCUCUCUGCCUUUCAUGUCCGCUUUGGUGGUGAAGCUUUCAGCUCCCCGCUCACUGCUGCGCUCGAGCAGGCACUCGCGCCGCCAAGCAAGACGACCUAUCAAAACGCCGCAGCCGACCAAAAGGAAAGGGACGAGACUGCUAGGAUCGCUCGACAGAAGCCACUCCUCCGAGCUGUUGCAGAGCUUGCAAUAGUAGAGGCUGUAGGUCACUCCACCGAAAACACUGGGUCAUCUUGGCUCUUUGUUCUGCUCAAGAAUCUCUUAGCUACGGAUAAGGAACAUUCAAAUGUCCCCCUACUCAUCGCCGUCCUCAAAGGUCUUGGUCAGUCGAUCCUUGCAUCUCCAGAAUCGCAACAGGCUGAUGCAGCCCUCACCCUCGGCGACGCAAUCAACGCUGAUCAGAUUGAUCAACUCGACCCAUCGAGCGCACCUCUGGUGUCCUCCGAGUGGCAGGCCAAGUUUCGUAAGCUCUUCGAGACCUACUUUCAGACGCUCGCCCGUCGCAUCGUCAAGGAGCACCAACGGUUGCAGGAUCAGGAUCGCAAAAACCACGAAGCCUACAUCCGAUCCGGCGAGAUCUUUGAAGAUCGUCAGCACAAUUACGAGCGCAUGACAAAAAGCUUCGAGCGAGUCCGCGAUUGGGGCAGGGUACUUUCCGAGCUUCUAGCUGUUCCCAUGCCUGAGUUGGAGUCUUCUGGCUCUAGCAGCAAUGCCGUCGGUCUUGGUGUCAACCUCGACUCAAAGUCUGCAUUCGAGCGCGCAGAUGAAGAGUUCGCCACAGAUCAGAGUCCAUGGGAGGAUCAAGAUUCGCAAAAGUUCUAUCAGGAUAUCUUGGACUUGGGCGACAUCAUUCCUCCCGCAAUUUUGGCGCAAACCACUGGCAUCGUAGCGACCGCUUCCACCACUACAGACACAGUGGACGGCCCAAAAGAAAGCUCCGUUCCUAUCGAAGCAGCUGAGUCAUCCACAGCGCCCAGCUCGCCGCGGCUUGAUGGCGAUCCAACGACAGAGGAAGCCAUGAACGCUGGGCCGGCAGCACAGCUCGCCACGCUCAUGGCGAAGCUUCCAGAUAUGACAAAUCGCAGUAUGAUCGACAGCGCCGCUGUGGAUUUCGCCUUCAUCGCUACAAAGCCAGCUCGCCGUAAGCUGGUCAAACACCUUGCUUCUCUUCCACGCAACAGAAUCGACCUGGCUCCCUACUACGCACGUCUCGCGGCCAUCCUGACCAGGUACAUGCCUGACGUUGGUGCCGGCCUCACUGCCUUGCUCGAAGACGAGUUCCGCUACCUACAACGCAAAAAGAACAUCGAUCUCACCGAGACUCGUGCCAAGAAUGCUCGCUUUAUCUCGGAGCUCACCAAGUUCAAGGUGACGCCUACCCAUGCCAUUUUCCACUGCCUCAAAACCUGCCUCGAGGACUUUUCCGGGCCAAACAUCGACGUACUCGCCUCACUACUCGAAGGCUGCGGGAGGUACCUCUUGCGCACCGAAGAGACUUCGGCGCACAUGAGGAGCAUGCUCGAGAUGCUCCGUCGCAAACGCGCUGCUGCCAACCUCGACUCGCGCCAGCUUCUAUUGUUGAACAAUGCCUACUACCAGUGCAACCCGCCACAACGAAAAGCGAUCGAGCAAAAGACGCGACAGCCCAUGGAGCUGUACAUCCGACACUUGAUCUACCACGUCCUGCAGAAGAAGACGAUCGACACUGUUGUGCUCCAGCUCCGCAAGCUUCCUUGGGACGACAAGGACGUACACGGCUGGUUGAAGGAUGCCUUCACUCGCGCAUGGCGGAUCCGAUACUCUCAUAUACACCUGCUCGCCAUUCUCAUCUACGACCUCGACCGCUUCCAUCCUGCAUUUUCCGUCGAGGUGAUCGAUCAGGUGCUCGAGAAUAUCCGUAUCGGCAUGGAGGAGAACAUCUUCAAACACAAUCAGCGCCGCGUGGCCACCAUCUGCUAUUUGGGCGAGCUCUACAACUACCGUCUCAUCAACAGCGGCAUCGUGUUCGAGCAACUUUGGUCGCUUGCGACCUUUGGUCAUCCCAACGGCCGACCGUGGCCAGGUCAAGUUGCGCCGUUGGAUGCACCUGACGACUUUUUCAGGAUCAGACUGAUAUGUUCGCUGCUCGAUACGUGUGGCGCGUGCUUCGAUCGUGGAUCGCUGCGCAAGAAACUGGACGACUUUUUGGCUUUCUUGAACGUCUACGUGCUUUGCAAGCAUCAGCCUCUACCGAUGGACGUCGACUUCAUGCUCACAGAGACGCUCGAGACAUUACGCCCGGAAUGGAAGUGGAAGAAGGUGUUCAACGAAGCAGCAGCCGCAUUGGACGAGUUGCUGGCUGCCAAUCGACUCAAGACGGCUCAGACAGAGGCAGAGGAGGACACUGAGGAACAAAGCUCCGACGAAGAUCAAGCUCGAACUGGAGCCAGUGGCCAAGAUGGAGACGGCCAGGAGAAGCGUCGCAAGGCGAGGCAUGGGGCCGACCAUGCCUCGAGUGACGACACUUCUUCCGACGAGACCGAGUCGUCAGCGUCUUCGCCGUCCAGCGACUCGUCAUCAUCUACAGACUCGCCGAGCGAUUCCGAGAGCUCUGACACAGCGAGCGCCUCUGGCGGCGAAGAGUCGGAAGACGAGCAAGACGAAAUGAACCGUCACAGGAAAGACGAAGAGUUGGCGCUUCGAAAAGAAGCCGACGACGAGUUUGACCGCGAGCUGGCCAAGAUGAUGGCCGAGCUGGGCUCAUCAUCGGGCGCACCUGUGCCAAGCGCGAACUCGGCUACCAGCUACCAGCGCGCGCAUGUCUUUUCAAGGACCGCGCUGCCUUCAGGCAAUGCUGGCGGCCACAGCCACGUCCACAGCAGCAACAGCUCCGGAGGUCUGUCCGAGAUCGGUCUGCCGCUCCGACGCAGGCCAUCGGAGCAAGCGGCGGAGGAGGGCGACACGUCGCACAUGAGGUUCGCGCUGCUCUCCAAGAAGGGAUCUAAGCAGGUGACGCACGAAGUGCAUGUUCCGUCUACAGCGUCGAUCGCCAUCAACACGCGUACGAAGCAGCUGAAGGAAGAGGCGGAGCGUAAGCAACUGAAGGAGAAGGUGCUUGCGUACGAGCGUAGUUCGGAAUCUCAGCAGGGUGAAGGUGGUCUGCCUUCUCUGUCUCAUCUACAUCGUCAGCGGCAGCAGGAGCACUGGCAGCGACAACAGGAACAGCAACAGCGGCAACAGCAGCAGAGAGAGCAGGCUGCCACCAGCAAGGAGAACCAGAAGCGCGCAGCGGGCGACUUUAAAAUCUGGACCAGUCACGGCUUCUAG